GCCGGAGCGCAGGAGCCGACGGGCCGGCCGGGAUGGUGCAGCGGCGGCUCCGCGGCGCACGCACGCCCUGAGGGGGCCCGCGCCGGGCGCCGCGCCCCCCGCGCCCCCCGCCGCCCCGGCCCCGGCCGGCAUGAUGUGCCUGGAAUGCGCCUCGGCGGCGGCGGGCGGCGCGGAGGAGGAGGAGGCGGACGCGGAGCGGCGGCGCCGGCGCCGGGGGGCGCAGCGAGGGGCUGGAGGUGGCGGCUGCUGCGGGGCGCGGGGCGUGGGCGCCGCUGGAGUCGCGGCCGCCGACGAUGAGGUGCAGACGCUGUCGGGCAGCGUGAGGCGGGCUCCGUCCGGACCCCCCGGCGCCCCCGGCACCCCCGGCUGCGCCGCCGCUGCCAAGGGCCCCGGCGCUCAGCAGCCCAAACCAGCCAGCUUGGGCCGCGGACGGGGGGCAGCUGCCGCCAUCCUCAGCUUGGGCAACGUGCUCAACUACCUGGACAGGUACACCGUGGCAGGCGUCCUUCUGGACAUCCAGCAGCACUUUGGGGUCAAGGACCGAGGCGCCGGCUUGCUGCAGUCAGUGUUCAUCUGCAGCUUCAUGGUGGCUGCCCCCAUCUUCGGCUACCUGGGUGACCGCUUCAACAGGAAAGUGAUCCUCAGCUGCGGCAUCUUCUUCUGGUCUGCAGUCACCUUCUCCAGCUCCUUCAUCCCCCAGCAGCACUUCUGGCUGUUGGUCCUGUCCCGGGGCCUGGUGGGCAUUGGCGAGGCCAGCUACUCCACCAUCGCGCCCACCAUCAUAGGCGACCUCUUCACCAAGAACACGCGCACGCUCAUGCUCUCGGUCUUCUACUUCGCCAUCCCGCUGGGCAGCGGCCUGGGCUACAUCACGGGCUCCAGCAUCAAGCAGGCGGCCGGAGACUGGCACUGGGCCCUGCGGGUGUCCCCCAUCAUGGGCAUGAUCACAGGCACGCUCAUCCUCAUCCUGGUCCCGGCCACCAAGAGAGGCCACGCCGACCAGCUCGGGGGGCAGCUCAAGGUGCACACGUCAUGGCUCCGCGACAUGAAGGCCCUGAUCCGCAACCGCAGCUACGUCUUCUCCUCCCUGGCCACGUCGGCCGUGUCCUUCGCCACAGGGGCCCUGGGCAUGUGGAUCCCGUUGUACCUGCACCGCGCUCAGGUCGUGCAGAAGGUGGCGGAGACGUGCAGCAACCCGCCGUGUGGGGCCAAGGACAGCCUCAUCUUCGGGGCCAUCACCUGCUUCACUGGCUUUCUGGGUGUGGCCACGGGGGCAGGAGCCACACGCUGCUGCCGCCUGCGGACCCAGCGGGCUGACCCGCUGGUGUGUGCUGUGGGCAUGCUGGGCUCUGCCAUCUUCAUCUGCCUCAUUUUCGUGGCUGCCAAGAGUAGCAUCGUGGGUGCCUAUAUCUGCAUCUUUGUUGGGGAGACACUGCUCUUUUCUAACUGGGCCAUCACCGCGGACAUCCUCAUGUACGUGGUCAUCCCCACGAGACGAGCCACGGCCGUCGCCCUGCAGAGCUUCACCUCCCACCUGCUGGGGGACGCCGGGAGCCCCUACCUCAUCGGCUUUAUCUCGGACCUGAUCCGCCAGAGCACCAAGGACUCUCCGCUCUGGGAGUUCCUGAGCCUGGGCUACGCGCUCAUGCUCUGCCCCUUCGUGGUGGUCCUGGGCGGCAUGUUCUUCCUGGCCACGGCCCUCUUCUUCCUCGGCGACCGCGCCAAGGCUGAGCAGCAGGCUCUCCCACCUUCCCCUGGGGCUGACGAGGUCCCUGCCCGGCACGUCCGGCCAGCCGGCCCCCGAGAUGCGAUGUGCCAGAGCAGUGCCCGGGCCCGGCCGCCGCUGAUCCGCCACCUUGACCCCCGCCCGUCUCUCCCCCAGGGUGAACCAGCUGGCGAUGCCGCCCGCAUCCAUCAAAGUCUGAGGCCGGGCCGCACUUCCCAGCAGCGCAGGAUCCAAGGUCACCACCCCCUCAUCCCCUGGAUGCAGAGAAGGUGCCUCUGGGACAGCGAAGAGCCCUCACGGUCACCCUGCUUGGGAGGCGUGCCAUGGCACCCCGGCCCCGCUGGGCCGCCUCGGAGCUUUCUGUGGGACCCGAGGCUGGCCACCCACCCUCUCUGGUCUGUGGCUGUGGAGUGGCCAUGGCUCCGAGAGACCGGGUCCCCAACGAGCACGGAAGGCUGUGUGUGGGGGAGCCGUGUGGCUGGACAGACUCCCAGCCCCAGGGCCGGGCUGCAGACCCCCCGGGGCCCGGGACGAAGACAGCCCCCACCAGGCAUGUGGGGAGAGCCUGGCCUGUCCCCGCCUUACGGGGUCCCGGGCAGGCCUCUGCCCUCCCCAGCCUGCGGGGCCCGGCGGCUGGACCUCCCCACGUGGCAGCUUUGAAGACACAGGGCUCCCGGACCGCGGAGAGAAGGCGGUCCAGCCUCAGGGCGGCACCUCAGGCUCGGGGACGGACUCAACUGGGCAGAGCCUGGCUGGUCCCCCUCAGAGGACACGGGUCUCGGCUGCCCGGCUGGCUCUAUGCCCACAGGGUUCCCCCCCCCCCCCGUCGGGCCAUCCGCCAGGGGGCUGGCAUCUCCGGGGGCGAAGGCCCUGGCGGCAUCUCCACCCCACCUAUGUCCCCAGGCCCGAGCCCCAUGGCCGCCCGCCUCCCCUCCCCCACCCCUGGCACAGACUCCUGCCCCCCCCCAGACUGGGCCCUUCCAGGGGCAGGACCCAGGGGACUAUUCCCAGAACCCGCACGGCAGCUGCCAGGGCUCUGGCUGACGAGGACGUGGCCACCCCACGAGGCUUCCUGCCCCAGGCCAGGGCCGGGGGGUCGAGGCCCACCCCGCACGUGGGCCGCCCACCGUCUGCGCUGCUCCUCUGCCCGCUCCCCGCGCUCCCCGCACGGCGGCUGGAACCCAGGUGGCCGCAGGAGCCCCCGCAAGCCGCCCGGCCCGUGCCGAGCAGCUGGUGCGGCUUCAGCGUGUGCGGGCUCCGGGGCACCUACCGGGUGGGACCCCCAGCGACGUUUUCUUGUUGUACAAGAACCAGUCCAAGUGUUGCCUGUUCUUCCUUCCGGAAGCCAAGCCGCUCCUUUAUUUUUUAGAGCUGCUGAUUGUGAAUCUCAGAGUCUUAAGAGAAGCCAAAUACAUUCCUCUUGUAAAUGAAGGAAUAAACCUAUUUAAACCAC